AUGCACUCGGAAUUUGAAGUCGGCACGCCAUUAGCUGGAGGACCUUGUAAUUUUUUGGUAAAAGGGGCAGUGAAACACACUGGAUCAAUCUUAACGCCGACUUACCCUGGCGCCUAUCCCAAAGCGCUUCACUGUACUUACCAAUUUCUUGGUGCUCCGGGAGAGAGGAUCCGAUUGGAAUUCAGGGAUUUUGAUUUGUUUUUUGGAGGGCCACAUUGUCCAUUUGACUACGUGAAAGUGUACGAUGGGCCAGAUAAUAGUUCAGCUGUGAUUGGAACCUAUUGUGGACAACAACGUAAUCUAGUCAUUUAUUCGUCUGAAUCCUCUCUUCUCAUUGCAUUCGUCACCCUCCCACGCACUGCCAAUACUCAGAACCGAGGUUUUAAAGGAAUUUUUGAGUUUUCAAACUCAUUUACAAAAUUAGAUUUCAUAAAAAACGAUGGGGAACACAUCCGAGGUACUGAGUGUGAUCAAAAAAUUCUAAGUAAGAAAGAAUCCAGCGGCGUUGUCGUCAGUCCGAAUUACCCGUUUCCUUACAUGCCUAAACUGGUCUGCAGUUGUUCAGACGGAUAUCUGAAGAUCUACCUAAAAGGACAGGAAACAACAGAUUCCUAUGACAAAUUCGACUACGAAAUGUGCGGAGAAAACAGCAAGCCUACGGUUGUUGUUUCUGAUGGCCCUAGACUGGUAAUGGUCUUCAGUAGUGGAGAGCUUAUGGGUCGGGGUUUUAAGGCCAACUAUACUUUUGAGACUGAAUAUAGAAUUCCGGGUACAGCGGCGCCGGAUGGUUCCUGUUCUUUCACGUAUUUAAGCACAAGUAAGAAGAAGGGAGAAUUUAAUUCACCGAGGUAUCCUUCGAAUUAUCCAAGCGAUACAAAUUGCACCUAUCUCUUUCUCGCCACAAAUAACGAGCAAGUCACGUUAGUCUUCGACAAUUUUAAAGUACGUGCCGACAGUGUUAAUGCAACUAUUGGUUCCUAUGGAACUACACUUUGCCAAGAGGACUGGAUAGAAAUUUUUAACGUGUAUCGUGAUGGAACGGAAACGAAAAUUGGCAGGUACUGUCAAAUGUCAGCGCCUGGUCCUAUAGAAUCUCCUAGAGGUGCCACAGGAUUAAAACUGGUUCUUCAUUCGGAUUCCGAAGGCGUAUAUAGUGGUUUCAAAGCGAGGUAUAGCUUUGAAACUGCAAAAUCAAUUUUCGGAGACUGUGGUGGGAACGUCAGCAGUGUGGACUCGGGUGUGAUCAGCAGUCCGAAUUUUCCAAAAGACUACGAGGCUCCGUCGAAGAAUCAAGCUUCCAAAAGCUGUAAUUGGUAUAUCACUGUAAGACCCAAAUACAAGGUUUUGUUGGUGUUCGAGAAGUUUGCUAUUGAAGGGGAUCCUUUAAGUAGAGGUUGUCCGGCUGCAGUAUUUAGGCUAUGGAAUGAUGUUUCCUCUACUCCUAUUGAACUUUGUGGCGAAAAAGGCCUUAAUGAAAAAUGGCAAUAUGUAUCUACCUCCAAUGCCAUGAGGUUCAGUUUUAUAACGGCAGACAAAGCUGUUGGUGCUCAAGGAUUCCGAGCAGUUUGGACUGAAGUGAUAGAAGGGCCAAGCUGUGACGAGUUUCAAUGCCUAAAAUCGGGGUUUUGUAUUCCUGAUAAGUUAAGAUGUAACAAGAUCAACAACUGCGGAGCCGACGAUGACUCGGACGAGGAGGACUGUGAGUGA